AUAAGUGAAAUGAAGAAGUUUAAGCGCCGUUUCUCUCUGUCAGCUCAUCGGACAGAAACUAUUGAAGAGUCACUCGCAGAGUUUCAGGAACAAAUCACCAACCAGAUAAAGAACAAGAGGAAUGAUGAUAUUGCACAUGAGAAUCUUCCGCUGACCUUGAAUGUACACACGGACCGGAUGACAUCUGAGGAUGGCCAUUCUCCAAAUCCCCUGCGUUAUAGGAAUCACCGGCAGCGCAGAUUCUCGAUGGAGGACUUCAGCAAGAGGCUCUCUCUACCUAUGGAUAUCAGACUACCCGAGGAGUUCCUGCAGAAGCUACAGCUGGAGAGCCCACCUCUUCCCAAGACUCUGAGCAGAACGUCACGGAGAGCUUCCCUGUCGGAUAUCGGUUUUGGGAAGCUGGAGACUUACGUUAAGCUGGACAAACUGGGUGAGGGAACUUAUGCCACAGUAUUUAAGGGUAGAAGCAAAUUAACUGAAAACCUGGUGGCACUGAAGGAGAUCCGACUGGAACAUGAAGAGGGAGCUCCAUGCACUGCAAUACGAGAAGUUUCGUUGCUAAAGAAUCUGAAACAUGCAAACAUCGUCACUCUACACGACAUCAUUCACACUGACCGCUCACUCACCCUCGUUUUUGAGUACCUGGACAGUGACCUGAAACAAUACAUGGACAACUGUGGGAACAUCAUGAGCAUGCACAAUGUCAAGAUAUUCAUGUUCCAACUAUUGAGAGGCUUGGCUUAUUGCCACAAACGCAAGGUUCUACAUCGAGACCUGAAGCCACAGAACCUGCUCAUUAAUGAACGAGGAGAAUUAAAACUAGCAGAUUUCGGUCUGGCUAGAGCCAAAUCUGUUCCUACAAAAACCUAUUCAAAUGAAGUGGUAACGUUAUGGUACCGACCCCCAGAUGUCCUCAUGGGCUCCACAGAAUACUCGACACAGAUUGACAUGUGGGGAGUUGGUUGUAUUCUAUAUGAAAUGGCUGCUGGAAGGCCUCUGUUUCCUGGGUCCACAGUGAAGGAGGAAUUGCACUUAAUUUUCAGGCUUUUAGGUACGCCAGGAGAAGACACAUGGCCAGGAAUAACAUCCAAUGAAGAAUUCAAGGCUUAUAAUUUUCCUUACUACCGACAACAACCAAUGAUACACCAUGUUCCCAGAUUGGAUGCUGAGGGUCUAGAUCUUUUUGCAAACCUUUUACUGUACGAGGCCAAGAAGAGGAUUUCAGCUGAGGACGCUCUUCAACACCUUUAUUUCAAGAACUUGGGAGAAAGAGUGCACUUUCUACCAGACACUAUUAGUAUUUUCACAUUGAAAGAAAUCCAAUUGCAGAAGGAUCCUGGUUAUCGAGGGUCUUCAUAUCCCCAAUCCGCCCGGGGAAAGAAUCGAAGACAAAGUGUUUUAUUCUAGAUGGAGCCGUGCUUCUGCCUCGCCGCUACAUUACAAAAGAACAACAGCUCCCGGUCGCUUUGUAGUAGUGGGG